UUCUGCAACUUGUAAAUCCGACUCUUUUUUGUGUAUCAUGGCAUAUAUUUUAUUCCUUAUUGUUUUACAUUAUGUGUAUAACCUACACGUGUGAUCUGCAGCGGCUGCUGGGCGGACUGAGCAAGGACAAGGAGUUCCUGGUGUCACUGCUGGGUCGUCGAAGCCUGAGACAGGAGGUGGUGACGGUGGACGGUGGCGGCCAAGUUACUCACACAAGUUGUCAAGUGGCGGCCGUUGCCAAGGAAGCUCUCAGCUCUUUACAACACUUGGAAUCGUUUAUGUGGCAACGAGACCCCGGGGGCAGUACUGGAAGGCCGGGUGCUGUUGAUGGAGGCGCAGGCAAGACUCUUCUCCAGAAGGAACGGGAAAAGAAAGAGCGAGCCAGGCUUAAGGUCACUCUCAGGCGUCGUGCAGCAAUACUGCUGCAGCAGCUACACCAAGACGCAGAUGUGGAAGAAACGCUACGGGCAGCCGAGGAGCUGGUAGCAGAGGUGAAGAGCGUGGGCGUAGGUGGACGACUGCUGUGUCGGCUGCUGGUGGGUGUGGGAGUGGCGCUGCCCAAGUGUAACAGACAUGAAGAUGCAAUUGCUGUCCUCACUGACGCCGUCCACAUAGCUCGGGCCAGGUGUGUAUGUGUGUGUAUGUGCGUGUGUGUAUCUUCACCUAAUUGUAAUCGUCUAAUUGUGGUUGCAGGGGUUAAGUCAUACCUCCUGCCCUCGCCUUUCACUGGUCGCUACUAGGUCAACUCUCCCCCCUGCUCCAUGAGCUUUAUCGUAUUUCUUAAACUUAUGUAUGGAUCCUACCUC